CGCACAAAGAACUGGCGCAUCUACCAUACACACACUCAGAACUCAAAAGAAAGCCAUCAUCUUAUCCUGCACACACACAAACACACACAUGUACGUAUAAAUGAUCACCCUCUGCAACUCCCACACUUUCUUCCACCUCAAACCCCAAUUCAAACCCUCGUUUUACAUACCCAAUCUCAAUUUCAAAACCCCCUUUUCAUCCCACCCCCGAAAAUGUCGCCCCAUAUCCGCCGAAUUUUCCGCCGCUGCCACCGAAAUCGACAUGGUCCGGACAAGAGACGGCGUGUACACAGCCAAACCUCAAAAAGUUGUCAUAUUGUGGGACCUCGACAACAAACCCCCACGUGGGCCCCCCUAUAAUGCCGCUAUUUCUCUAAAGACGCUUGCUCAGAGGUUCGGUGAGGUUGUUGAUUUUUCAGCCUAUGCCAAUCGCCACGCGUUUGUUCAUUUGCCUCAGUGGGUUAUUAAUGAGCGGAGGGAGCGAAAAAAUCGGGAUUUGUUGGAGAAGAAGGGGGUGAUUAGGCCGAGUGAGAUGUAUGUUUGUGGGGUUUGUGGGAGGAAAUGCAAGACUAAUUUGGAUUUGAAGAAGCAUUUCAAGAAUUUACACGAGCGAGAGCGGCAGAAGAAGUUGAAUAGGAUGAAGGGUUUGAAGGGGAAGAAGAGGCAGAAGUUUAAGGAGAGGCAUAUUAGUGGGAAUGUGAAGUAUAUGGAGGCUGCCAAGACUUUGAUCACUCCCAAAAGUGGGUAUGGAUUGGCGGGGGAGUUGAGGCGGGCUGGGGUUUAUGUUAAGACGGUGGAGGAUAAGCCUCAGGCGGCGGAUUGGGCUGUGAAGAGGCAGAUGUUGCAUUCCAUGAGUAGAGGUGUGGAUUGGAUUGUGUUGGUGUCGGAUGAUUCGGAUUUUAGGGAAAUGUUGAGGAAGGCGAGGGAGGGGAAUUUGGGAACAGUGGUUGUUGGGGACGUGGAUAGGGCGUUGGGGAGCAUUGCGGAUUUGUGGGUUUCGUGGGUUGGUGUGCAGAAUGGGGAGGUGAGUGAUGAUGAUUUGGUGCCGAGGAGGAGGAGUGAGGGUGAGGUUGUGGAUGAGGGGACUGGCGGUGGAGGGUUUCCUGGGGAGAGGGAUUUGGAUAGUGUGUUGGAUGAGCUUGUUGGAGUGAGGAGUAAGUUUAAUGAGCUGAGUUUCGAGGAGGAAGAGUCAGCAGGUUUUAAUUUUGAUAACGAUAGUGAAGAAGAGGAUGAUGAUUUUUUAUGGGAUAGCGAGGAUGAUGAAUUGGAACGAGAUUAUAGAUAAUUUUGAUGCAAGUGUUGUUUGAGAUGAUUGUGGUGUAGCAGGGUUUGGAUGAUAAAUGAUCUUUAGGCCAUGCUGGUUAUUGCACAGUGAUGAGAACAAAAAAGGGGCGAUAUAGUGUAGCAAAUAAGAAUUUUAGAGGAAGUUGAUGCAGGUCUUAAGAGCCCUUUGUGUCGACGAAAUAUAAUUGCUGACUGCAUUUCAAGGGGUACAUUCUUCUGUCUCAUUCUGAUUUGAAGAUGAGUCCUUUUCAUUUGUAAAUUUGCAUAAUUGUUAUUCCCAAUAUUAUUGCAAUGUACAUUUAGUUCUUUUGGUUACUA